AUGGAUACGUCAAGUCAGUAUGAGACGCCAAGAGCGUCCCCAGAUACUCAAGGCAGAGUUAUCAUAUCAGGAACACCAGUCUUGGAGAGCCGUAUCAUGUCUGAGGGUAACAUCGAGCUCGGUUCCAUUACUCUGCCUCCAGCAGAAUCGAAUGAGCCUGCGCAGCAAUCAACCAAGACUGACAUCGUCGAUCAAUCCUCGAGACUUCCCUUUGGUCGGCUGAUGUCCGCUUAUCUCUGCCUGGCAGCCAUCUACUUCAUUCAAACACUUGACAUCAACUCCGUCGCGACGGCACUCCCAGUUAUUGCACGAUCUCUCGGUGCAGGAAAUAGCAUCACAUGGGCAGGAACAGCUUACCUCAUGGGACAGACCGCCUUCCAGUCUCUGUACGGACGCCUCUCUGACAUUUUUGGUCGCAAACCGGUAUUACUCGUGUGCAUCGGCUUUCUCGUCGGCGGCGAUCUCCUUUGCGGCUUUGCUCGCACUCCGUUAUGGCUUUAUGUCUGCCGAGCGCUGAGCGGUGUCGGCGGCGGGGGGAUAAGCUCGCUGGUUCAGAUCACAGUCAGCGAUCUAGUGAGCUUGAAGGACCGUGGAAAGUAUCAGGGCAUGCUGAGCGCAUCAAUAGGUCUCGGCGCCAGUACUGGUCCUUUCAUUGCAGCUAGCAUGUUGCGCAAGGGCAAUACGGGCGGUGUCGAGGCAUGGAGAUGGAUAUUUUGGGUUCCCCCUAUCCUCGCCGCUGCGUGUGCGACAACCGUCUGGUUUUGCCUUCCGCUGAAACCCGUCACUGGGAGUUGGCGCGAGAAGUUGGCCAAGAUCGAUUGGUACGGUCUGGGUGCCGCAAUGGCAGGAGUGCUUCUCCUCUUGAUCCCUCUCAACUCAGGAGGGAGUAUUUGGCCAUGGCACAGCGAGCAUGUGAUCACAAUGCUCGUUUUGGGUGGCUUCUUCUUCGUCAUAUUCGCCGUCAUUGAGAAGUCAGUGGCCAAAAUACCGUUAAUCCCGCUCCGUCUAUUUGGCCAGAGGUCGACUGCAGUCAUGUACGUUCAGAGCGCUUUGUACGACUGCGUCUGGCAGGUAAACCUUUAUUUCCUCCCCAUCUAUUUUCAAGAAGUCCGCGGGUACAGCCCGUUGAGGAGUGCGUCUCUAACCCUACCUCUUCUGCUGAUUCACAGCGCUGCUGGGGUGGCAUCAGGUCCAAUUAUGAGUAAAUCUGCGAGAUACGCACCAAUUUUAUUCAUCGGCAUGGGUUUAUGGACUCUGGGAUCGGGUUUGAAACUCGUCUUUUCACGCACGACUUCUAUCAGUGUCUACGUAACGGUUCUUCUGAUUGAAGGAACCGGAAUCGGUUUCGUCCACCAGCCAGCCUUGGUAGCCCUCCAGGCCCUCUCAAAGCCCGAGGAUCGCGCUGUUGCGACUUCUACGAGAAAUCUUAUGCGGAUGCUUGGAUCCGUGGUCGGAAUGGCUCUUUCCACGGCAGUUCAAUACUCCGUAAUGAACUCAGCUCUACCGGCAGACCUGCCUGAGGCAGUUCGAUCAAGUGUAACUGGUGGAACAUGGCAGCGUGGAGACGUCGACUGUCAUGAUUGGGAACAGGCAAUUUUGGAUGCCAAGAUGAAGGGCGUCCACAUGGUCUUCGCCAUGCUUGUACCGCUGAUGGUCAUUUGCCUUGGAGGAUGCUGGUUUAUCCCAAACGUUACAUUGAUGGGUGAUGAAGAACGUCGAGAUACACAAUCGGAGCAGAGACAGUAG